AUGCUGCAAGACGGCUCCCAAACCUUCCAAGCAGUGCACCCUAUCACCAAGGACAGCAUUGACUCUCCUCACCCCUCCACUCCAGGAAAACCCGUCUUUAUCGACGUUCAAUUCGACCCCGUCUCCCACAAGCCAAUUGUACUCUGGGGUGACGUUGUCCAGGCCUUCGAGGAUGCGCUGCAUAUCCGAUACAACUCACGAGUUGUCCCUUUUCUGAAGGGAGCUGACCUAAACCCACUGGUGCCGCAUCGAAUUGCCGCCAUGCCGGAGGUGGUACUGGACAUUGUUGUGCGAGGUAACCCCGUACGCACCGAGACUGCCUCACCACAGGAGAAAGUCCCAGGGACAUCACCUAUGUCAUAUCAGGAGCAGACGGGAAAAACAGACAACAGCAUCAUCAACACCACCUCGGUCAUCCGACGAAACCCAGUCUAUGGUCUUGAAAACGCUGCAAUGGAGAACUACACCCACAUCGACAGACCCCCUACUGUAUCUCCAUCAGCCAGAGCACCGCAAUCGCUCUCAACUACCACAACGCUCACCAGUGAUGUCACCCCCCAGCCCCAACCUAUGGGGAACAUUAUUCCCUCACGUGCACCACAAGGAACGUCAGCUACUGCUGGCACCGAUGAUCUCACUCAAAUCAUGUUCAGCGCCGGUCAAGGAGGUGCAAAGGCCCAAGUUUCUCUUGGUGACAUGUACAAAGAUGGCCGGAAAGUCCAUCAGGACUACCAGGCGGCCAUGGACUGGUACAGCAAAGCGGCCGAGCAAGGGGAUGCUGAUGGCCAGCGCCAAGUAGGUUACUUCUAUCAUGUUGGCCUUGGUGUUUCAAAGGACUACAUCAAGGCAAUGGAGUGGUAUCACAAGGCUUCCGACCAAGGAAACGCAAUAGCUCAGUGCAAUAUCGGUGUUCUCUACUACAGGGGCUCCGGCGUCCCUCAAGAUUUUUCCAAAGCGAUGGACUGGUAUCUAAAGUCUGCCGAUCAAGGCUAUGCGCCCGCUCAACACAACAUCGGUAUUCUCUAUUAUAAAGGUGACGGCGUCCCUCAAGACUACUACCAAGCCAUGGAGUGGUUCAUCAAAGCUGCCAACAAAGGAUACGCAGCUGCUCAGGACUAUACCGGGAUCCUGUAUCACAACGGCGAAGGUGUCACUAAAGACAUUAACAAAGCAAUCGAGUGGUACAAAAAAGCUGCCCGUCAAGGUGAUGCAAAAGCAAAGGGUCGUCUCGAUAGAUUAAAGCAGCGAGGUCAUACAAUCGAGUAA